UACUGCUGCCCAUUGAUAGGCUGGUGAUCACAGCUACAACACAUCACAGGAAGGAAGCCAAGAAGACAUCUUCCUUUAUUUCUCUCUUUCUUUCUCCUUGCUGCCUACAUAUUCUUGAAGGAGAGAGAUGGCCAGUGUUUGGAAGACCAAGGUUCUCCCUGGACUCAACAAGUUCUUUGACAAGGAUGGCAAGAAGGCUGCUGCUGCUGAGUUCUUGAAAUCCUUCAACAAGGAGGAGAUUGGCAAGGAGAUUGAUGACAAGAAGACAGAGCUGGAGCCCAAGGUUGUGGAGGCUGUUGAAUCAUCUCCUCCUGAGAUUAAGGCUUUGUUAAAGGACAAAAAACCAGCCAGCAAAAUCAAGAAGAACGCACCUGCAGUCACCAAGUUCCUUGAGGAAUUGGCUAAGAUUGAAUUCCCCGGAGCCAAGCUGGUGAGCGACGCGGUGGCCAAGUCCGGCACGACGCCGGUCUCGCCGGCGAUCGCCUUCAUCCUGGAGAAGGUCGCGCCUUUCGUCCCCAAGGAGGAGCCCAAGGCCGAGCCGGCGGCGGAGACCACCUCCCGGGAAGUCGCCGUGGAGGAGGAGAAGAAGGAGGAGGAGGCGGCGGCCCCAGCCGAGCCCGCCGCCGCGACCGAGGAGGCGGCGGCGGCGGCCGAGGCCCCGUCGGCGGAGGUGGUAGAGGAGAAGAAGGAGGAGGCGGAGAAGCCGGCGGAGGCCGCCGCCGAGCCCGCCGCGCCGGCAGCUGAGCCGGAGAAGAAGUGAUCACUGCAGAAGCAAGCAAAAGCUAGCUACUUUGCAUGGUAGCUAAGCCAAUUAAGCUGGUGGUAAUUAAAACCAAGAUUAAGUUAAAUGUGAUCACUGUCUCUCUCUGUCUGCAACAAAAGUAAGUACAUCAAGAUACACAUACACUUGGCAUGCAAGAACAUUUGUUAUGAAAUUCUUUCACCCUUGAUCUUUUCUCUCCUAUAUAUCUGUAUGGUCGCCUCAUCAUCAUUUGUAAAUUAAUUUAUGUGGGGUUUUUUGUUUUUGGGGUGAUUAAACAUGUGUAAUUAUAUUCAUAUGUUUGUUGGUCAUGAUAAGGAACUUGUGUAUAUUGUCCAUAUCUUCCUUUUUGUUUUUCAAAUUUUCGGCUUGAGGUGUGAUGAAGAUAUAUAUAUAGACAUAAAUCUACACCCUCUCCAAUUGUAAUACAAAUUGAUUGCUGUGGAUGUAUAUGCAUGGUUCUAGUUUGUUGUUA